AUGCGCUUUGACGAGAUACAGGACCGUAUCGUGCCCAAUCUCGAACAUCGAGCCAAUGCACCCCGACAGAGCUUGAAACAGGUCACAAUUCCCGACAAACAUACCCAAAUCUGGACGACCAAAUCGAUUGGGUACCAAAACUACGAUGACAACGAGGAGGAUGCACAAGAACGAGUGGAGGAGGAUGAAAACCAAGGCCGUCCGCGACCAGACAGAGUAGCUGUCAACAGGAGCAGAAGCACUGGCAGUUCUUCCAGGGAAGCAGUCAACUGUCAGUGUGUCUCCAGACCUGUGGAAGCAAUUCCUCAAGCGGGGGCUGCUCAUGGUGGACUCGACUCUUCCAGGGGAUUCGCAAUAAAAUUGGGUGAAAAGGAAAGACAGAGCGGCGGCAGCCUCCGCUAG